AUGUCGAUUAACCUGGAAGAGUUGCGUGACAUGACACAAACACUCACUUCCUUUAAAUGUAUGGCGCUCCUCGCUGUCGAGCUUGAGCAAAGCGAAACUCGCCGUCGGCCGCAUCAGCACCAACGAGGUGCUCGUCCAAUUAAGCUUCUUUAG